AUGUCCGUUAAUCCGGUUCGCGGGUUGCUCGAUUCGCUGUCCGUGCUGUUUUACAUCUCCUCCAUCUUUGGCGUCAUUCCGUACUCGCUGUGGGCGUUUGCCAAGCGCACCGCAAUACAGCUCUCCCUAGUCGGCAAUGUGUGGGUAGUUGGCAGCCUGGUCGUCUACACGGGCCUGUACCAUGUGGCAACAAUCAACUACACGAAAGACGAUUGGGGAUCACAAAGUACGCUCACGAAUGCCAUCGGUAUCUUCAUCAUCUACAUGGAACCGUUUAUGAUGGCGGUGGACAUGGUGGCGGGUAUGAUCAAUCAGAAAAGACUGGCCCAGUGCUUCGAUCGGCUGGCCCGCCUCGACAACCAUCUGGCCGGGGAGGGCGUGCUGAUCAACAACGGGCGAAUGCGCCGGUACAGCAUCGUGCUGUUGCUGCUGAUGCUGCUGUUCGAGGCGAUCAUCACCGUGUACAGCUUUGUGGCGUUUGAGGAAGAGUUUAACGCCUGGUCGCUGAUCUGGUUCAUCACGACCAUACCGACCGCACUGAACUCGGUGUGCCGCAUCUGGUACGUGAUGCUGGUGUCCGCCAUCCGGCAGCGCUUCAACGCAAUGAACGCGCACAUGAACGCGAUCGCCCACGGCAUACUGCACUACAAGAACCAGUACGCGGGCGAACCGGACGCGGACAUUGCCGAGAUACCGCUCGACUAUCUGGAGAAGGAGAUAUUCACCGUGUACACGCAGCGCCGCAAGCAGCUGACGGUGGCGACUCCUCCCAAGAAGACAAACGCCAAUGCCACCACUAAGGUGAUCACCGUGAAACCGUACCAACCGAAGCAACCGGCCAGUCCCCCACUGAAACCAUCCGAGUUCCUGCCGACCGAUCGGCGGCUACGGCCCCACAUCGAGCAACGGCUGGACAACAAGCUGAUACUGUUCUGCCGCACGCACGACGAGCUGUGCGAGAUCGGCAAGGUCGUCAACCGGAUGUACAGCGUGCAGAUGCUGGUGGCGAUGGCGCACGGGUUUGUCGCCAUUACGGCCGAGUUUUACUUUCUCUACUGUAGCCUCACGCAGCAGGACGUGCCGAUACUGUUCCGGACGGCGGAAGUGUUUCUGCUCGGGCUGGCGUACAUCGUCUACACGGCGCUCAAGUGUAUCGUGCCGAUCUUUGUGUGCUGGAGGACGAAAACCGACUCGCAGCGAACCGGCAUCGAGCUGCACUAUCUGGCGAACGCGGUCGACGAGGUCCACUGUUACGAGGUGGUUAACCAUCUGUCGCUGAAGCUGCUAAACCAUCAGCUUAACUUUAGUGCGUGUGGCUUUUUCGACCUGGACAUGACGACACUGUACGCGAUAACCGGCGCAAUCACCAGCUACCUGAUCAUACUGAUCCAGUUCAAUCUCGCAGCGAUACAGAAAUCGAACAGCAAUUCAACGAUCGCCUCGAAUGUCAGCACCACCGCCAUGGCGGUUGUGGAGGGCGUCGUUACCACCGCACUAACGACGUACGUUUCCAAUUGA